AUGGCCCAUGCUCCCCUACUCCGCAUGAACACCGGCCCUGCCGCAACAAUGGAUGUUGUCGAUAGAUUAACCAGCAUGACUGUACCUGGCGCGCCACCACGCGUGAGCCAGCUUUCUGGCUCGUCCACUUUUCCAGUAACCAAUUCCUCGACGUCUCUCAACUCUCUGAACAACGCCACAACCUUCGCCGCAUCAUCCACUGGUAAUGUCGUGGCCACCAAUAACAUCAUCAACCAAAAGGCCGAUGCGUCGCGCUCUCUAUACCAGAUAUGCGUUUCUUUAAAGCAGCGGCUGGCCAAGGUUCCCGGCUUUGAGGGGUAUCUAGAGCAACUCAAUGAAAUGGCCGCCGAAUCCAUGGAGGGACCAGUGGAAUCGCUCUGGGAGCUGCUACGAUCAGGGUUUCCACUGCUAGCUAUCUACAAUGCUCUCCAACCCGAAGUGCCACUCCAGGUCGAUGAACCCCCUGGAGCCAACAAGUCCAAGCUGGCAAAGAUUGCGAUCCUGAGAUUUGUCGAGGCUUGCAAAUCCAAGCUCAAUGUUCCCGCAGCUGAUUCUUUCAUCAUUACGGAUUUGACAGGACAGGACACGACGGGUUUCGUCAAGCCCUAUCCCGAAGACGAUAUGAUGCAACCAGGCUCUCAAAUGAGCCACCGAGACUACGUUGUGCGCGAGAUGGUAGACACGGAACGGAAGUACGUCCAGGAUCUCGAGAACCUACAGGAUUUGAAGAAGACACUAGAAGAGAGGGGCAUUAUUCCAGGAGAUGUUGUGCACAACAUUUUCCUUAACAUCAAUGCCAUCUUGGACUGCCAACGCAAAUUCUUAAUCAGGGUAGAAACGACAAACUCAAUGCCGGCUGCCAGGCAAGAAUGGGGAAGCCCAUUUGUAGCCUACGAGGAGGUAUUCAACAACUGCUACCAGCCCUUCAUUGCAAACCAGAAAAAGGCUGGCAAACUAGCAAGCCAGGUGUUUGACAAGAUCCAGACGGCAGCACACGCUGUAGCCUGCGACUUGAACACGCUUGACGGGUUCUUGCUGAAGCCGAUGCAAAGACUGGUCAAAUAUCCACUUCUUCUGAACUGUGACGAUGAAACAGUCAGAGCAGACCUUUCGGCAGGUAUUGAAGCAGCCAGCCGCGUGCUACAAAAGGCCAACGAAGCAGUCGAUCGCGCAGAGCUCGACGAAGCACUGGAAGAAUUGAUGGGCAGGGUUGACGACUGGAAAAACCACCAAGUCAGCCAAUUUGGAAAACUCAUAUUGCACGGUGUUUACACCGUUAUUCCGGGCAAGAGUGAUCAAGAGAAGGACGUAAGUGCAAAUUACCUUUUCAUCAGGGGGGUCUUUGACAACAAGAUAUAUGAUGCUGAUGGGUUACCCACGCAGUAUGAGAUCUAUCUCUUUGAGAACAUCUUGCUUUGCUGCAAAGAGUUGCUCCCAGGCAAGAAUAAGGAUAAGAAGGACAAGACCAAGUCGACUGGACCGAAGGUUCGCAACAAAAACAAUAAGCUCCAGCUUAAGGGUCGGAUUUUUAUGACGAAUGUGACCGAUGUGGUAGCACUGUCGAAGACUGGUUCAUACACUGUCCAAAUUUGGUGGAAGGGUGAUCCCGGCGUGGAGAACUUUAUCAUCAAGUUCCAGAAUGAGGAAAUGAUGAAGAAGUGGGCGACCGGACUGGAGCAGCAACGGAAGGAGAAGACAGGCCAGGUGCAACAAAGCCCGGAGAGACCGGCAACGAACUUCACGUGGAUGGCUUCCCAGAGUAGUGGACUGGAAAACCCAUACGCCGAGAAGGACGAUGAUGAUGAUGACGAUUCGUCCACUUUGAUCGCACCGUCGGGGACUGCCACGCCGGCUGCGUACAACCCGCCCAUGGCGUUACCUGGAACAAUGCCGCGCAAUGCUUCAAGCACCAGCUUGCGGCCCCGUCAAGGGACACCCCCGGGCAGUGGUGCCAACAUCCCACCACCGGCAGGCCCUCCGCCUCCUGGACUGGCACCGUUGGCUCCCGUUGACCCUUCGAGGCCCGUUGCCCCUGGUCUGGUAACGGCGCCGAUCACCUCCAGCCAAUCCAUGGUUCCUCCCACGCCAGACACUGCCUUUUCCAGUCAACUCCGGGUAAGGGUCAACUACGAUACCGGCAACUACUUUACUCUUAUCGUUCACUUUGACAAGCUCAACUACGUGAACCUGAUUGACCGCAUCGAUCACCGGCUCAGCAAGUUCACCAACAGCAGCAUCUCUAAGGGAGAGCUGAGGUUGCGAUAUCGGGAUGAAGAUGGCGACUUUGUGACCAUUGAAAGCGAUGAGGACAUCCAAAUCGCCAUUUCCGAGUGGCAAGAGGGCAUGCGCGGUUCUCAAGGCAUGGAUGAGAUUGAACUUUUCUGUGUCGGUGAGAUGUAA